GUAGCUCUAAACCAGCUUGUCUUCUCCAUCAAAUUGAUUUAACAAUCUCCCUUCCUUUGCCUUCCCUCUUUUAGAAAAUUGUUGGACACCCUCAUUUGCUCCCCUAAUUUCUUGGAGAAGGGAAGAAUGCUGCUGAGGAGCUCUUCCACUCCUGUUCUUGGGUCUCUCCUCCCAUCUUUCUCAGACAGCCCGAGCCACCACGGCCAUGAGGCCGCCGCCCCCGCCGCCCUCGCCGCCUUGCACAAGAGCCCCUUCCACCAUAACCACCACAGCUUCUCUUUCCACCCAAAAGGGUCCCUCAACUUAACCACCAUCUCAUGCAACUCCUCCCCCAUCUCUACACACGACUUGGGCGACACUCCCAACCACCACAGAGGCGGCACUGGCAGCAGCUUCCGGCGAGCCCAAUCCGACGGCAACUUGGAAGGCUUGGCCUACAAUAUGUCUCCCUUGAACAGCAAUGAAGAUCAGCUCCACACCAUGAGCCAUGUUAAGAAGUCCUCAGCUCGGCCUCGAAGCGUGAUGUUGGAGACAAUACCGUCUUUCUCAUAUUAUAGGUACGGGCACGGCUACGAGGAUGAGGACGAAGAGAACAGCAAUUUCGACAUCGAGGAGGGAGAGGAGUAUGAAGAAUUUGAAGAGGCAUCGGUGGUGGAGAGCAGUGUGAAGUUUAGGGGGAGUAAAAGCAUGAGUUUGAUUGCGGAGGAGGAAGUGAGCAGUGCUGGUGGUGUGAAUAUGAUGGAGAGGUUCAACUUCGAAGAGAACAAGGAGAGGGUCAGGCAAGAAAUGUAUCUCGCAAUAGGGAUCGGCGGUGGAGGCGACAGCGGCUGUGACGGCACCAGCAGAGGCUGCUGGGGGUCUAAUACGUCUGAUGACGGAGGCGAUGGCGGAGAUAAUCAGGGUGUUGAAGAGUAUUACAAGAAAAUGGUGGAGGAGAGUCCUAACAACUCUUUGUUUCUCAGAAACUAUGCUCAAUUUCUCUAUCAGAAACGGGGAGACCUGGAGAGAGCAGAGGAAUUCUAUGCUCGUGCCAUUUUGGCGGAUCCUAGAGACGGCGAGAUCCUGUCGCAAUACGCAAAGCUGGUAUGGGAGCUCCAUCGUGACCAACCGAGAGCGUCGACCUACUUCGAGCGAGCCGUUCAAGCUUCCCCUGAAGACAGCCAUGUUCAAGCAGCAUAUGCUAGUUUCCUAUGGGAAACAGACGAGGACGGCGAGCACGGCGAAGAUGAAGAUGAAGAGGAGGCGCCGCUCGCUGCUUAUUCGAUGUCACUGCAGUUCCGGGGGCAGGCGACGGCUUCCGUCGGCGCCUAACUGCAGACGUUUCUCUCACAAUAGACAGAGUUGACACGGCAAGAAGUAGGGCAUGGCCAUUCAUGCCUCAGAAACUACUAUGUUUUCCUUUUUGGUAGGCUAUAUACAUAAGGAUCUCAGCUACAAUUUAGAAAAAUGUACAAUACUGCGUUUUUCACAUAACAGUGCAUAAGAUCACCCUCUGUUGUGACCAUAACAAUAGGCUCUAUCGAAAUGUAAUUUUGUUAAAUUCGUAUCGUGUUCGAUUUGUGUUA